GUUAGGUUGCGCGGAGGUCUGCAGUUUCAGUUUGUUUUAUUCACCAUUUUGUGAAGCUGAAGGUAAAAUAUUAAAGUAAAAUCCUUCAGUGCAGCAGAGCUUUUUAUCCGCUUUAUUUACUUUUGCGAGUCGGGGGGUAAACAACGGGGGCGUUGGUGGGUUUUUUUCAUGCGACGUUACACCGAGUCUGUCAAUUAGCGAAGCUAUUUUUUAUUCUCUUUUUUUUUAACGAAAAAACACACAAAGCGUCCACAGUGUUCCUGCAGAAAUGUCACGACCAGUGAGGAACAGAAAGGUGGUGAAUUAUUCACAGUUUAACGAAUCUGAUGAUGCAGAUGAGUAUGAGCAAGACGCGGAAAAGCCGAAGAAGAUUCGCGCAGCGCCGCGUGAAAUCAAGCACAAGAAGUCCAAAAACUCUCAGGAGGAAAGCGAGGACUCCGAUGAGAAACUCUCCAAACCUAAAAACGAUUCAGCGGAUGAUUUUGGUAGCGACGAAGACAACGACUUUGGGGAGGAAGAGGAGGAGGAUGAAGAUGGUGGAAGUGAUUUUGAUGCCAAAAAAGGGAAGAAGGGGAAGAAGGGUGGAAAAGUGGAGAAGUCCAGUAGAAGGUCACUGAAGAGGAAAAGGGAUUCCGAUGAGAGUGACGAGGAUAAGGAGGUGAGCCGGAAGCCCAGGCAGGUGAGACAAGCCGCCUCCAAGGCUGCAUCCAAACAGAGAGAGAUCCUGCUCGGGGACAGAGGGAGUGAGGAUGAGGAUAAAGAUGAAGAAGAGCACACCUACAUGGACCAAGAGUCUGGGAGUGACGAGGACUUCAUGGUGGACGACGAUGACGAUAGUGAUUACGGCCAUUCCAAAAAGAAGGGCAAGAAAGUGAGCCAGAGAGGACGCAAGGUGGAAAAGAAGGAGAAGAAAUCCCCUAAACCCAGACUAAAGGCCACAGUCACCCCAAGCCCUAUGAAGGGAAAGGGCAAAGGUCGCCCAAGUGCAGCCAAGGCCAUGGAGAAAUCUUCGCCUAAAGAGGAGGAGGAGCCCGAGAGCCUGCCUGAGGACGAGGAGGAGGACGAGCUGGAAAAGAAGAGCUCACCACCGCCGCCCGCAAAAAAGAAGAAAAACACCCCUGAUGAGGAGGAAGACGAGGAAGAAGAGGAUGGUUCAGAAGAAGACGCGGCAUCUGGAGAAGAUUAGCUGCCUCUCUUCUCAUUUGUGCUCUCUUCAUCCCUUUCCUGUCUUUUUUUUUUUUUUUUUUUUUUUCCUUUGGAUUUUUUUUU